AUGAUGAAUGGAUGAAAAUGAAAUUACAUGUUGUUGAAAUUUCUUCCCUGUUUUUGUUUGGCUUCGAACACCGCAACAUGAAGUGCAUAUCUUGCGAGGGCAAAUACGAUGGAGAUGCCGGCGCCUGCAAGCAGUGCUACGAGGACCUCAAGGCUAAGGUCGCUUUUCUCACGAUGUCCAAUGAGUAUCCCUUAACCUCCUGGCCCGACGUCGUUCUGUCUUCCUUGGACUACGGCCAUCCCGACGGCCCUGUAAAAGAUACGGCCCAUACGGUCGUUUUGGCAAGCCGUUCUCCGGUGUUCAAAGCGAUCCUUGAGAAUGAGACAAAAGAAAUCGAUUUGUACGAAUUGUGGCCCCAAGGCCUUGGUGCCUUUGUCAGGUACCUGUACACGGCCGAGAUAUGCCUUGACCAGCAAUUGGCCCGUUCACUCCUUGGAGUGGCUAAAAAGUACCAGGUGCAUCAUCUCGAAGACUUGUGCCAGAAGUUCUUGGUGUCCAACCUCAACUGGGACAAUUCACUUGCGACCUACACCUUCGGCCACGAUCAUAACGACAAGCAGAUCAUCGACGCAGCCUUGAUGGUGAUCACAAACAACCUCGAAAAGCUUGCUUCAAGCAGGGAGUACGCGGAGCUAAAGGAAAGUCAUCCGCAACUUGUAAUCGAAAUCUAUGAACGUCAUUUUGCAUCCUUAUGAAAUUUGUUGUUCCAAUUUAAAAAAAAAUAUUAUUUGGAGCUGACAUUUUACUGCAUCUCGCCCACUCAUGAUGCGGUGGAAUUAUUUUAUGACAAUUUAUAAAAGAAUAUUGUUUGUGGGAAUUUUUUGUGUAUUCGCACGAAUUAAUACAACAUAGAGGAGAGAGAAUA